GUGUUCGGGUCGGAAAACGGAGCCGGGAAGGAAUAUACCCGGCAGAUCAGUUCGUUCGAGUUCAGUUCGUCCCGCGCGAGCGUCGGUCGCUAGGGUUUCACACUACUACUAUUAUAGGUGUUUUCAACAUUUUUUUUUUCUUCACAAAAAAAGAGAAAAUCUUUAUCGAACAUUCAAAACUUGAAAAUUAGCAAUUAGCAAAUUAUCACGCUAAUUUUAUUGUAUUUAAAGAAAUAGUUAUACAACUGUUCAUUGACGAAUUGUCGUCAUCAUCAUCAUCAUCAUAAUAUUACAACCUUAGGAGAUUAUUAAUUUCUAUCAAAUUUCUCUCUUUGAGGAGGGUAGAAUGUCAGAAGAGCAACCACAGUACAAAUUAAUAUAUUUCAAUGCAAGAGGAAGGGCGGAACAUAUUCGUUAUAUAUUCGCCUACGCUGGCAUCGAUUAUAUCGAUGAACGAAUUCCAAAAGAACGUUGGCCGGAAAAUAAAAGAACAAUGCCUUAUGGAAUGCUACCAGUAUUACAAAUUGACGGAAAAUUGAUAGCUCAAAGCAAUGCCGUUGCCCGUUAUUUGGCACGUAAACAUGGUCUUAAUGGAAAAGACGAGUGGGAAGCUAUGUUAUGCGAUGUUCUUGUUGACACCCUCGGGGAUCUUAAACAUGAAUUAUUUCAAUACAGAACAGAAGAAGAUAUGUUUAAAAAAGAAGAUAAAAAAAUAAAGCUAAUGAAGGAAACCAUUCCAUUUUAUUUGAAUAAAUUCGAACAAACAAUUGCUGAAAAUGGUGGCUACGCUGUUGGCUCAAAUACAACAUGGGCAGAUUUUGUAUUCGCAGUAGCAUUGGAAAAUUUUGAGCAAAUUUUUGGAAGCAACGCCCUAGAGAAUUAUCCGGCCCUUCGCUCAUUAAAACAACGUGUUCACGAAAUACCUGAAAUCGUGACCUGGUUAGCGAAAAGACCACAAACUGAAUUCUAAAAAUCUUGUUAAAUUCAAGAAAGUCCAUCACUCUCAAAUUUUCAAGUUCAAAUUUCAUCGAUGAAGAAAAUUUUCGAUUAACUGUUACAAAUAAUAUAAAAUUAAUACAAAAAAAAGAAAAAAAAACAAUAUAUGCAUAUCUGUGAGCACAUGCAGACGAUUUUAACUGGAUUGGCGUGAGUCUUGUUAAAAAAAAAAAGAAAAAAAAAGGAUCGAUUUCAGAAACGAAUAAUGCGACCCGCAUCGAAUUGCAAAAUAAAAAACGCUAUUUAUAUAAAUAAAAAAAAUUGUUAUUUAAAGAAAAAAUUUAAUUAAAAAAAACAACUAAAGUAUCUAUCCUUUUCUUUUAACAUUCGACAUUCGCAAAUCCUCUGAAAAAUUAUCAUUUCAGUCAAUAUUUCAUAGACAAUAAGAGACGAUCUAUUUAUUUAAAAGAAAUAAAUAUAAAUAAUAUAUAUUUGAAAAGAAUACUGUAAAGUAAUUUCAAAAAAUGCAAUGUGUAUUUAAAAAAAAAACUGUUUCACAUUAAAUAUUUUAAUAAUCGAAUGUUUCAAAAUAUUAUAAAGAAAAAAAAAGAUGUGUAGAAUAUAUCUAUUGUAUCUAAAUGAUUUGUUUAUUAUACACUGGAAAAAAAUUUGGUUCAUUCAAAUA